AUGGAUGUGAAGAAAGAAAUAUGUCGGUCGCUGGUAGGGCUUACUUGGCUCGCAGUCGGCCUGGCACUUGAUAUAGAUUACAUGUCAGCUUCUUGUACCACUAUGGGUGUGACUGUGACGAAAUCCAGGAUGGUGGAGUCGAGUUCUGCCCUGGUCUACAGUAAUGAUAUGAACUGUGUUUUCACCGCCAGUGUAUCCGACGGUCGCUAUAACCUACUUGCUGUUUUUAGUCGGUUCGACCUGGAGACGAAGUCUAGUGGUACGUGUCUAGACUAUGUCAAUGUUUACGAUGGAAAUUCAGUGUCGGCUACAGUUCUCAACUCAGAACCUUUGUGUGGUUCCACAAUACCUAGCAACCUGGUCUCCACCGGAAGCCAAAUGACCAUUGAAUUCGUGACGGACUCCAGUGCUGUCCUGAUGGGUUUCGCGAUCAUACUUUCGGAAGUGUAUAAUGGAUCCUGCUCCUCAACGGAGUACGCCUGUAGUAAUGGCUUCUGUGUGAACUCUGACCUCAGGUGUAAUCACUACAAGGAGUGUGGGGACGGGUCUGACGAGAACGCGUGCACUACUGAAGAGCUUUACGGACCAGGAGCAGGAAACAUUGCGCUGAUUGUUGGUCUCACUCUUGGUAUCCUGGCUCUGUUGGUGCUGGUGGCAGUCAUUGGCAUUUUCAUUUAUAGACAAUACAGAUGGCGCCUUUUCCUCAAAGACCCGUUCCCGGAAAUGAAGAAAUGGAACGCGACUAGCAACUACCCGGUGACCCAAAAAUACUACAAACAAGGUUUUACCAACACUGGCUAUCAGAGCAUCGAGGUGCGCUCUCCGACUUCUCCGACUUCCCAACCCUACAAAGAUUUCGAGGUAGAGGAGGAUGAAUUAUCUAGCACAAAAAAGACCGACUCACUUACCUCAAAACCCACAGAAUCAAAGGAAAAAGUUUUGUUUAAAAAUGAGCCAGGUACAUCGAAGGUGUGA